AUUCGACCACAGCGCUCACGUGGGAGCGAGAAGGCGUGCCGUGUGCCAGAACAGAUGCUAGCCGGGCGGUACGGGGACCGGGAGCCUACAGCGGUGUUUAACAGGGUCGCCUACUGAACACUAAAUACGUCAUGGUUCGAGCGGGUGGCAUCUUGAAGCUGGUCGCCGUGGUUUCAGUGUUCAUCCUGGCUGUAUUUCUGGCCUUUGAGCUGCUAGAAAUCAACAUGGACUUCAAUUUGGGGAACAUGUUCGCCAGAUCCAUGUCAGCGGAGGAACAGUCAACCCAGAGGCCGGCCAGGUUUAAGUGUGGUGUGUCUAAGCAGUGUCCCUCCAACCACUUCUCCUUCAAGAUGGCCAGCGGAGCAGCCAGCGUGGUGGGACCCAAGAUCUGCCUGGAGGACAACAUCCUGAUGAGUGGAGUGAAGAACAAUGUGGGACGAGGGAUGAACAUCGCUCUGGUGAACGGGAAGAGUGGACAGCUGCUCAAGACGGAGUUCUUUGACCUGUGGGCCGGAGAGGUGGCUCCUGUCAUUAAGCUCCUGAAGGAGAUCGAGUUGGGAACCAUCGUCUUCAUGGCCACGUUUGAUGAUUCAGCCACAAAGUUGAAUGAUGAGGCAAAGGCCCUGAUCUCAGAGCUGGGCAGUACAAGCAUCAACAUCCUGGGCUUCAGAGACAACUGGAUCUUCGUGGGAGGGAAGGGCAUCAAGACCAAGAGCCCCUUCGAGCAGUACAUCAAGAACAGCGCGGAGAGCAACAAGUACGAGGGCUGGCCGGAGGUUCUGGAGAUGGAGGGCUGCAUACCCCAAAGACAGGACUAACCUCAGGACUAACCUCCUUUAACCCCCCAUCCCCCCGCUCUGUCACUACACCACCCUGCCUGACGACACUUCCUGGAUGCACCUGGAGGACAUUCCUGGUCUUCUGAGCAUCUACGAGCUCCAGGAGAUUAAACAUACCCCCCCCCCCAAGCUUCUGAUCUUCAGCUCACCGUUCGUUUUGCAGCUCCCCAAACGUGUCAUCGGAUGUUUCUGUGUUCCUGGAUGAAGACAGCCUUCUCGUGUUGGUCUCACAAAAUGACCCCAAAUCACUGUGAAUUUUCUGCGUGGCUUAGAAGAGGGAAACAGAUUUAAAAUGGUUAAUUAUUCCACUUUGAAGGUCUAUAUUUCAUUCAUUUCAUUGAUUGUUUGACAUAAUGAAAUCGUAAAUUUGAAAGCUGUAGUUGGUGAUUUCCUUGUGGCUUAAUCAUGUAUAUUGAUAGAUUAUUGUGGGUGUUUUGUUUUUAAAAUAAUCUGUAAAGGGGAUUUGUUUGUUGUUGAAGUGUGUGUGCGUACGUGCGUGCAGAGGAACCCUCGUCUUCCAGCCUCUUUAGACAGAGCUUUGUAGCUCACGGUAACCAUGGCAGCCCAACGACCCACAAUCCUUUGCACCUGUCAGAGCAGACUGGAAGUGUCCUGGUAGUGUCACCACAGAGACUGAAGCUGCUUCCUGUCGUCAGAGCAACUACUAUAUAUACACCAGCUCAUCUGGUUCACCUGGUAGCCCCCCUCCCCCCCCCCCCCCCGCUGGGCCUGAUCUAGACCCUGACCCCGUGCUGCAGCUUCAUGUUCCCAGUGGUUUCCCAGACGACGGGGACUAACAGAGAACUUCAAUAUUAAAGCAUUCCAGCCCUGGGAGGCUCUGACCUCGUACUCAAUGACGGGUCGUUAUCUGGACCUUGUCAUUAUCAAGCCUGUUUACUUAAAUGCCUUCCUACCAAGGACCCUAUGAUGUGUGUGUGUGUGUGUGUGUGUGUGUGUGUGUGUGUGUGUCUGGUUGUCUCAGUGUCCAGUGGGCCCAGGCUGACGGGAUGCACCUUCUCUGUUUACUCCUCCACCUGCCCUGCAGACAUAGGGUGGGUCUCAAACCUGCUGGGUGACAUUCUUGACUGAUGACUGUGCUGAGUGAGACAGAAGGGGGCUUGUUCUGGAAUGAAACCAGCCCCAACUUGUGCCUUUCCAGAGAGUUGUUUUAAAGUCGGCAACUUUACCUGCUGUAACUGUUUCUACCUGUUGAGCGUUAACCCUUUUCUCUCUUGGUGCCGUUGUGUAAUACUAUAUCAAUGUUGAAAAUGUAAAUUAUAAUUUUAUUAUAUUAUUGGGAUUAAUAAAGCACAUUGUCUGGAAGACA